AGCCAGUUCACCGGACACAAUGCUUCCAAAAACAUUCGUUUCUGAACCACACUGAUUGCAACACAAAUCGCAGCAUCGUUAUUGCCAAAGUGAAACUUACCUGGAGUAACAUUUUAUAACAAAAAUGACUUUAAACAGUGACCGGAAACCCCUCAUCUAUGAGCCCUACAUCUGUAGACUGACGGAUGCGCAGAAGAAGUUUGUCGAGGAGGAAUUUUAUGAAGUCGAUGACAUUCGAGGAAAAUGGAUCGGCCAGCUGCGUCAAUGGGCCAUCCGAAAUCCCGCCAUCGGCUGGUGCCGACAGGAUGGUUUAUUCCUGCUUCGAUUUCUACGGUACACCAAAUUCGCCCGUUGGUGUGAGGCUCCCGUUCUGGCUCAGGAAGCUCUGGUACGGUACCUAGCGAUGCGUCACAUCUACCCGGAAUGGUGCCGAGGGCUGGAUCCCCGCGGUGAAUUGAUGCAGAAGAUGAUACACGAUGAGGUUUUCACAAUCCUGGGCACGGACACGGCUGGCCAGAUGAUCGUAUGGAUACGACUCGGUCGGUUCGACGUGGACAACUUGGACUCGAUUGUGCUGCUUCGAUAUACGAUCAUGUUCCUGGAGUUGAUGGCCGAACACGAACCGGUACAUAUAGGAGGAAUCAAAGUUUGGGUCGACUACACAGGGACCACUUGGAAGCAUUUCCUUCGGUAUAAUUUCGAUCUGCUGAGGGAGUUCAAGAAGGUCGUCGAAAAAGUCAUGCCAAUAUGGAUUCGGGAGGUUCACAACGUGGGAUUACCAGAUAUUGCAGGUUCCUACCGGACUUUUCUAUGCGUUCUGGGCACAGACCUGUUCAAGUAUAAAACUUUUUGGCAUACAUCAUCAGCGGAUGCCAGGCAGUAUUUUGAGAAAGCUAACUGUCCGGAAGAGUACGGAGGACCAUGCAAUGCGACCAGGCAGGCAGGAUAUCUCAAGCGGUGGUUCGAAGAAAAGAGAGAUUUACUGAUGGCAUUGGAUCGAAUGGACAUCGACGUGGGACUCAACGACAUCAGAUUCUUCAAACCUUACUAUGACGGGCCGAGUAGAUUCGAUACCGGUGUCAAAGUGAAAAUCGAACCGACGGUGAACAUCAAAAGCGAGUUUGUGAAGAAGGAACCGAAAGCGAUGACGAUCAUCAAGAGCGAGUUUGGGAAAAAUAAUAUGAAAGAAAAUGUACAAUCUACAUCAGAAACAACCAAGACGGGAACUGGGAAAAAAGUAUCUAAGAGUAAGAAAAAGAAGAGCGCAAAAGCAAAAGUGGACAGUGGUAAAAAAGGAACUGGUAAGUCCGUAGGUAUGAGCGCCAAAAAAGAAACAGCAGCAAAAAACGAUAAGCGUGAGUCUUUGCCAGGCGAAAAGUCAAAUGUGAAAAAGCCAUGGAAGUAGACUGCGAUUUUUAUAAAUUUUAUAAUUUUAAUUUAGUCAACUGGAUCCUAUAA